CUGUUUCAGUCAGCCUCCUCCUUCAGAUUCUAGGGCUCGGGUUUUCACUGUUCUCCCUCGAAGCUCUUCGUCGCUCGAAUCUCGCCGCCGACUCCUCCCUCGAAGCUCGUCGUCCCUCGAAGAUCGUCGUUUACUCCUCCCUCGACCGUCUUCCCUCUCGAGUCAUCAAAAUAUAAUUUUGCACAAGAUCUGUAAUUUCAAUCGGCUUCGUUUAAUCGUCGGAGCGGUCUACUUGAUCAGGAACUACAAUGAGGUUAGAGAAGUGCUGGUUCUGUUCAUCCACCAUAUACCCUGGGCAUGGGAUUCAGUUUGUUCGCAAUGAUGCAAAGAUCUUCAGGUUCUGCAGAUCAAAAUGCCACAAGAACUUCAAAAUGAAACGAAAUCCUCGCAAAGUGAAGUGGACAAAGGCCUACAGGCGAUUGCAUGGAAAGGAUAUGACGCAGGACUCUACCUUUGAGUUUGAGAGGAAGAGAAAUAGGCCAGAGAGAUAUGAUAGAAAUGUUACUGAGAAGAUACUGAAGGCCAUUAAGAAGAUUGACAAGGUCAGAGUAACUAGAGAGGCAAAGCACCACGAAAAGAGGAUGAAGGGGAAGAAGCAGAAAGAGCAGAAGGAAGCAGCGAGAGAAUUGGACCAGAGCAUCAACUUGGUCAAGGCUCCUCUUGCUCUUCAACAGGAUUCUUCGCUUACUCUCCCGAAGAUCAAAGUCAAAGUUUCCCAAUCACAGGCAGAGGUCUCAGCGAUGGAGGAGUAACGAAUAUUUACCGUGGAUGUCAUGACAUCAUUACACCUCCAUUUCUGCACUCUAUAUUUACUCUUGUGUGAUGUUUCUUUUGAAAUAUGGUUAAUGUCUGGUUUAAUACAAAUACUGUCAGGAUUACUAGAAACGAAGUAGCCUUUGAUAGAUUAGGCUAAAGACUUAAAACUAUUGAUUAUCAUAUUUUUGUCGAAGGGAGUUCUUGCGUCUGUUCUACGAGCUCUCGUUGGUUUUGUAGACACAUCUGCUGGUGUUCUGUUUUCGUUCGUUGUCUGAAGAAAAAUGAUUGAGAUUAAAUUUUC